GUUAUAUUUGUUUGUUCUCAUAUAAACGUAAUCGACCUCAGGUCCUCUCUCUCUCCUACUUCCCUUUGAAGAAAACAUUAUCGCCGACAAGGAAGAGGCGGCUCAGCUCAACUCUCGGGCUUAGUCUUUCUCAAGUUCUUUUCAGAUCAAUAUUUCGCCCAAAAAGAGGAAAGGUGAAAAAGAAAGAAGAUGGAUGAGUAUCAGGAGAUGGAGAGGUUUGGCAUGGAUAACGACUACGAAGAUGGACAGUGGAUUGGCGGUGAAUUCUAUGGCCGCCGCAGGCAGAAGCGCACCCAGACCAAAGACGACGUUCUCUACGGCGUGUUUGCCUCAGGUGACAGUGAUUCCGACUCUUACGAAGGUUUGGGGUCCAAAAAACGCCGCAAAGACUUAUCCAAGAGUACCGACUACUCCAAGCCUGUCAGCUUCGUCUCCACUGGCUCAGUUAUGCCCAGUCAGGAAAUCGACCGAGAUUCCAAAACAGAUAAAGAAAUACGAGACCAGGAUCCAAAGGCUGCUGCUCAUGAAGAAAAUGCGGAAGAGGACGAUUUUCUGCCUACCACCUUAAUGGGUGACUUGGUCCGAGCUGGCGGCGAGAGGCGUGAGAAGGAAAAGGAGAAGUCGAAGCAAACCAAGAAGCCAGCUCAAGCUGGCAACAGGCGGGCCCCCGACCCAAACGGGGCCGGUUCGUUCGAGAAGCACACAAAGGGCAUUGGGAUGAAACUGCUCGAAAAAAUGGGAUAUAAGGGAGGUGGGCUUGGGAAAAACGAGCAAGGAAUCACGGCCCCCAUCGAAGCCAAGAUCCGGCCCAAGAACAUGGGAAUGGGUUUCAACGACUAUAAGGAGGCGGCUCCGCCAGUACUGCAGGGAUUGGAUGAUAAAGCAACUCCUGGGCCGACUGGCCUGUCCACGGAGGUUCGUUCGAAGGAAAAGCGUUGGUCGAAGCAGGCUUUGAAGAAGAACAAGAAUAAGCAGGCUUUUCUAACGGCCGAGGAGCUGCUUGCUCGGAAGCAGGACCAAGCAACUGAGGUUGUGCAGAAGAUUUUCGACAUGCGAGGGCCACAGGUCCGGGUCCUGACGAAUUUGGAGAACUUGAAUGCUGAGGAGAAAGCUCGGGAGCAAGAUGUUCCCAUGCCCGAGCUACAACAUAAUAUUCAGCUGAUAGUUGAUCUGGCAGAGCUCGACAUACAGAAGCUGGAUAGGGAUUUGAGAAACGAGAGGGAGACAGUGUUUGCUCUGCAGAAAGAAAAGGAGAAGCUGCAAAAUGAGGCAAGUCGCCAAAAGCAACAGCUUGAGAACAUGGAGAUCAUUGUGAGCGUGCUCGACCAUAUAGGUGAACAGAGCUCCUCGGGGACGCUUACUUUAGAAUCCCUUGCAAAUUCGUUCAUGGACAUGCAGUUAAAAUUUGCGGAUGACUACACUCUAUGCAACUUAUCUAGCAUUGCAUGCUCGUAUGCUCUCCCCUUAUUUAUUAGGAUUUUCCAGGGAUGGGACCCACUUCAGAACCCGACUCACGGGGUCGAGGUUGUAUCCACGUGGAAAAAAUUGCUACAAGGGAAGGACUCCCUGAGUUUCUCCGGUGCAGCCUCACCGUACAUGCAGCUGCUUAUGGAAGUUGUUUUCCCUGCGGUGAGAAUAUCGGGGACGAAUUCUUGGCAUGCACGGGACCCAGAGCCCAUGCUCAGGUUUCUAGAGUCUUGGGAUGAACUUCUGCCACCAGUUGUCUUGCAGACCAUAUUAGACACUGUGAUUAUGCCCAAAUUAUCGGCCGCUGUCGACCUGUGGGAUCCACGCAGGGAGACCAUCCCAAUCCACUCGUGGAUCCACCCAUGGCUGCCAUUGUUGGGCCCGAAGCUAGAAUCCUGCUACCACACAAUACGCCACAGGCUUGCAAGCGUCCUUCAUGCCUGGCACCCAAGUGACAUGUCUGCCUACUACAUACUCUCCCCAUGGAAGACUGUGUUCGACCCCGCCAACUGGGAGCAGCUAAUGGUUCGGUACAUAAUUCCAAAGCUGUUGAUGGUCAUGCACGAGCUAUCUAUAAAUCCUGCGAACCAGAACCUUGAUCAGUUCUACUGGGUGAGGACGUGGGUCACAGCCAUACCCACGCACCACAUGCUGCCUUUGAUGGAUAUUUUCUUCAACAAGUGGCAGGAAGUCCUGUACCACUGGUUGUGUUCGAAGCCGGAUUUCGAGGAGGUGACUAAAUGGUACCUUGGAUGGAAAGAGCUUCUACCUCCAGAGCUUCAGGCGAAUGAGCACAUUCGAGCCAGGCUUAACGUCGGCUUGGACAUGAUGAACCAAGCAGUUGAGGGCAUGGAGGUGGUGCCGCCUGGCUUGAGGGAGAAUAUUGGUUAUCUGAGGGCCCGUGAACAGAGGCAGUUCGAGACUCAGAAGAAGGCGGCUGCUCAAGCUCAGUCGGAUGGAAUUGGUGGAGGGCAUGAGAUGAGCUUGAAAGAAGUUAUCGAGAUACAUGCGCAGCAGAAUGGCCUGCUGUUCAAGCCUAAGCCGGGGAGAAUGCAGGAUGGACACCAGAUAUAUGGGUUUGGUAAUAUAAGUAUAAUUGUGGACUCGCUCAAUCAGAAGGUGUUUGCCCAGGUGGACGAGAGGUGGAGUCUUGUGUCGCUCGAGCAACUGCUGGAUUUGCAUAACCGCUCUAGAUCGAGACGACAUUGAAUCUUGGAUUCACUAGAAGCUACUGGAUGUCCUUGUACACGAGAACAGGCCAUCUCCACAUUUACAGAAUCGGUUGACAGGUCAGAUCUGAAGGAGGCUCUGAGUCUGUCCGGUUAUUUUGAGCGGGGAAAGUGUGCGGGCAAAAGAGGUGUGCCCAUGUGCUGCUGGUAGUAAGAAGACGACUAGUACAAAUUUGAAUCCCGUGAAAUUGGACUUAAAGGUGGGAGAAAACGAGUGUUUUAUGGUCAUCUGGCAUCUGUGUCCUUAUCUAGACAAAGGUAACUUUCGAAACCAGCAGGGCUGUUAUUCCGAAAUCCAAAUAAACCUUAUUUCAUAAAUUAUAGUUUGACUUUAAGAUCUGGAGAUGAACCGAAAGCUAGGGCAUGUUUUGUAAUCAGAUUAAACUUAACGAAAAUCAUGCGAGGAAGUAGAAUCUUUGCAUUCCGUGAUUUUACCUUUUCUUCUUCCUAUUUGCAUUCAGUUGCUGUUCUUUGAUUUUGGGUUACUGGUGUUGAAAUUUGGUGAAAUUUCACUAUUUUUAAGAGAUCAACUUUGAAAGGUCUUCAAGUAUUUCAUUGAGGUUCCUGUUAUCUUGAGGAAGCUCUAUCAAGUGGGCUAGUGAAUUAGAAAGGUUCUAGCAAUCUUACCGGUUUUAGAGAAUAUUUUGAGUUGAGCAGCA